CCAGAGCAUCCCUCUACGAGGCAGCUGUGGCGGGACAAAAGGCAGCUGCAGCUGCAGCUGCAGUUACAGGGCCUGCUUAUGGCCUGUCGGAUUGAGGCCCUACCUGAAGAAGGGCUCUGCUGCAGCCGUGCGUGUUCAGUUCGAGUCGAUACCUUGCCGAAAGAUGCCACAUUUGCAGCGACUGGAACCGUAUUUGCCGCCAAGCUGGGCCAGGCAUCCCAUCCGCCUCGCAAGAAGGCUCUGGCGCCGCUGCACCCAACUGUCGCGUAGUCCAAAGUUCCAGCGAUACGUGAGUCUGUGCGGCAUUACAUUGGUGGAGAGGAGAUCGGAGCACGUUCAGCGCAUGACAGCAUUUGGCUGCAAACGUUCUGUGAUUCCACCAAAAAUGCGCAGCAAUUCGGAAUUUGUUGCUGCUGCUGCUGCUCUCUGCGGAUUUGGCUACUCAGGGAGUCGCCGCACGUAGACAGAGGGGUUGAUGGAUGCCAA